GCGAGCUGUGAGCGCGAGCUGCAGUGACAGUAGGAACUACAGUCCGCGUGCAGCCAGCGCGAGGACGAGACCUCUACUACCGCUGAAUGCCUGGACGUGAUACGCAUUGGUGAUAAAAGCUGCAGUUUGGAGCAAAUGAGACAAGAUUAUCUCUCUAGAAGAUGCCGUCCACUCCUCGAUCACCAAGUUUGGAGGACGCUGUGGAAGGUUUUCCCUCCAGUGGAUUGCUAAGGUCUGUCUGAGGUGGUUUCAUUGGCUGGGUCUCUUGGCGGUCUGGUAUGUGGCCCCCUGACCUCGGCCCUCCGGACAUGCAGCUCACCCUACCCAGCUUUGGGAGCGUGUUUGAGGAUGUUGAAGAGCUUCAGGCGCCGCUGUCCUUUGGGGGUCUCCGCCAGCCGUCGCUGCAUUUAGGUGGUCUGUGCUCCCUUCCCAGGACUUCGCUGGGAUGUAACCCCAACUCCCUGCUCAGCUGCAAGACAGCAGGACCCCACUUAGAAAAGACUGUGGAGGAUUUUGUCAUUACAGGUCAAACAGAGCUAAAAACUAACACUCAGAGGGUCAGCUGCUACCCUCAGCCAUCUCUUCCCAUUUCAUACAUGUUAACCAGUUGUGCCAAGUCUCCAUCUUUUGAAUCUCUACCUUCGUCCGUUUCUCCUUCUUCAUCAUCUUCAAUUAUUACCUCACACGUGCCUUAUUCUGACCACCAUCACAAAGUGUCGUCACAACAACACAAUCUACAGGAGGAUUACCGUUCAAUUAAACAAGAACCUCCAGAUGAUUUCUUGCCAUGUAAAAGGGAGCCGUUUCAAAUAGCCAACCAGCAGGGGGAGCUGUUCCAUCUUGGCCAGCUGUCUCUGGGUAACAAUGCUCACGACAGAAGCCAGUCCCCAAGCCUCAGUAGACCAGCAGGACCGGACCUCAUGCUGGACCAGCAGGAGCAGUCGUGUCAUUGGAUCGACUGCAGCGCCACGUACAGCAGCCAGGAGGAGCUGGUGAGGCACAUCGAAAAGGUGCACAUCGACCAGCGUAAAGGGGAGGAGUUUGCAUGUUUCUGGACUGGCUGUGUCCGACGGCACAAACCCUUCAACGCUCGCUACAAGCUGCUCAUUCACAUGAGGGUCCAUUCUGGAGAAAAACCUAAUAAAUGCAUGUUCGAAGGCUGCUCCAAGGCAUUUUCACGUCUGGAGAACCUGAAGAUCCACUUGCGGAGCCACACAGGAGAAAAACCGUACAUCUGCCAACACCCAGGCUGCAUGAAGGCCUUCAGCAACUCCAGUGACCGGGCCAAACACCAGCGCACCCACCUGGACACGAAACCGUACGCCUGUCAGAUCCCCGGAUGCACCAAGCGCUACACCGAUCCCAGUUCGUUAAGGAAACACGUUAAAGCUCACUCUGCCAAAGGCCUGCAGGAGAGAGAAGUCAAGGCUCAUGUGCAUGCCGUGUUGGAAUCGGACAUUUUGAGUGACUGCUUGGCGAGGCAGCAUCUCCACAGCUCGGCCUGCUCCCACCAGGAAAACAGCUCGCCUCUACCAGCCUUGGAUGACUUCACAGGUGUGUACUCAAACCGAAGCUCGUCUCACAGCAGCAGGAACCCAGAGCUGAUGCCCCCAUCUGCAGACAGCUGCUCCCGUUACCCCGGCUUGGAGGGCAACUUUGAUGCCAACAGUCCCGUAUCUUCACUGACCAGCCUGGGCACAAUGAGGGAUGGGCACAGAUCGACGCCGAUGUUUGAGCCAGCGGACCUCCGGCCAGCGGACCUGCGGCCAGCGGACCUCCGGCCAGCGAGCUCCUCCUCAGAAAGAUGCGACAUUCACCUGCAAGGUUUCCAGAAAACCUACAGCCACCAGCAGCCGGUGUUCCUGCAGCAGCAACCAGAAUGUGUCUAUCAAGAAGGAAAACUGGUUCCACCAAUCGGCAACGGAGGCUUUGAAACUGCUGGCUACUUCACGAACCCAUCAGCCUCUGCAGGGUUCGACUUGCUGCAGGACAUGCAAGGCCAAGCCGAAGACAACUACUCCUCGUCUCCGUGUCCAGAAGACAGCUUCCUGUUUCAGAGUGGAGGUGUGGACCGCUGCCUCAGUCAGAUCUACUCCAUCUACCUGGAUUCAUGAUGAAAACCCGAACACGUCGUCAGUAAAGACCGAACGAAACGCAGCAUGAAGGAUCAUUAAUCUACUGUACAAUGUGCUGCAGUUCCAGCAGGAACUUAUCAUUAUCGCUCUUCUUUAAUGGCUCAAACACAACUGGAGACAGAAGGAAACUUUCAGGCAAACUGACCGGAACGGCACAUCUGGUAACCACAUCCAGAUGUAAGAAGCAGUGAACUUUGUAUUGACAGAAGCGUUUGUGAUCUGGAUGAAGCGAGUACUUGCUCCGUAAUCGUCCUCCGACUCUCUCUACGAUGCCGAACCCAAACUAUUGUGAAUGUUUCUGGUUGCACAACAAACUGCAGAGGAGCGCAGUUUUCUCUCCAGCUGGGGUCAAUAACUGACAGUCAGCAGAUUAUAGCAGGAAAUAGAGACUAUUUAUGGAGAUGAGAGAAAUUUAUUACUAAAAUACACGGCAAAAAACAAAUAUUUUACGUUGUUUAUAGUACAAAUAUCUUAAUUCAGUUGAAAUAAAGCAAAACUAUCUGACAAGUAAUUUUUCAGAAAGAUAUAGAAGCUUGUUUAUAAUCAAUAAUUCCGUAGUAUUGACUAAAAAGUAUAAUUAUAAUGAGAAAUUUUAAUGUGUAAUACAGAGAAAAUAUUUUGUUCCAUCACUGAAAAAAGAAAACUGGUGAUCCAACUCAAAGCAAUGAGUUGAUUUGUUUCAAGCAAUCAAAUUAAGUUUAUCCAAGUAAAUAUAUUAACUUUGUUAAGCUGUGAACAUAAAUUAUGUAUCUGAAU